AUGUUCGGUUCAACAAAUCCUUUUGGGCAGUCGUCCAGCCCGUUUGGGUCCUCGCAGUCGGUGUUUGGGCAGCAGACGAAUAAUUCGAGUAACAAUCCUUUUGCUCCGAAGCCGUUCGGAAGCCCAACAACUCCAUUUGGAUCGCAAUCACCUGCUUUUGGGGGUACUUCCACGGGAGUAUUUGGCGCGGCGCAAACGUCUCCUUUCUCUUCGAAUACUACUUUCGGUGCUUCGUCGUCGCCGGCUUUCGGGAGUUCAGUGCCUGCAUUUGGGGCGUCUUCGUCUCCUGCUUUUGGUAAUUCUUUUUCGGCAUUUGGCGGAUCAUCAGCCUUUGGUCAGAAGCCUGCUUUUGGAGGUUUUGGCUCUACUACUACUCCAAGUCCAUUUGGAAGUGCUACCCAACCAUCACAACCAGCAUUUGGAAGUAACACCCAACAAUCACAACCAGCAUUUGGAACUAACACCCAACAAUCACAACCAGCAUUUGGAAGCAGCAUAUUUGGUUCCUCAACACCUUUUGGUGCAUCAUCCCAGCCAGCAUUUGGUUCAACAGGCACUUCCGCAUUUGGUGCGCCUAGCACUCCUGCAUUUGGUGCGACCAGCACCCCUGCUUUUGGUGCGACCAGCACCCAGGCUUUUGGUGCGACCAGCACCCCGGCAUUUGGUUCAACAUCAACCUCAGCUUUUGGUAACACAGGGGGUGCAUUUGGCAUGUCAAGUACUCCUGUGUUUGGAGGUGGGGGAGCCUUCGGGGCUUCAAGUAGUCCUGUAUUUGGCUCAUCAAGCACAUCUGCAUUUGGAGCUUCCAGCUCUCCUGCUUUUGGUGCUUCUAGUAGCCCAGCUUUUAGUUUUGGCUCGUCCACUCCGGCUUUUGGUCAGUCUAGUUCUGCAUUUGGUUCCAACAGUCCAUUUGGCAGUACAACCUCAGCCUUUGGAGGAUCACAGACUCCCACUCCAGCAUUUGGAAGUACUGGUAUGGGGCAGUCAGGAUUUGGAGGUCAACGAGGUGGAAGUAGAGUAGCUAGUUACUCAGCUACAACUGAAACAGAUAGUGGUAACACACCACCUGGAAGAUUGGAGUCCAUAUCAGCCAUGUCUGUUUACAAAGAUAAAAGCCAUGAGGAGCUAAGAUGGGAGGACUAUCAAUUGGGAGAUAAAGGUGGACCACUUGCCUCUGCUCCACAGCCAACUGGUAUGGCUGGCUUUAAUUCAUCUACGACAACAAAUGCCUUUUCUCCAUCACCUGUAUUUGGUCAAUCAUCAGCCAAUCCUUUCUCUAGCACAACACCUAAUUCUAACCCAUUUGCACCGAAGACUUCAACAUUUUCUUCUGGAUUUGGAACUUCAGCUCCUGCUUUCAGUUCAUCGGCUUUUGGUUCUUCAACGUCAGCAGCUGCACCAUCCAUUUUUGGCUCAUCCACAUCUCCGUUUGGUGCCAACUCUUCGUCGCAAGCAUUUGGGUCAUCCUCAUCCCUGUUUAAUACUGCAGCUCAGAGUACAUCUUCACCAUUUGGCUCAAGCAUUUUUGGCAACACCCAGCCAUCUCAAUUAUUUAGCUCUGCAGCCCCUUCAAAUUCACAGUCUAGUUCUGUUUUCGGUCAGAAUACCUCUCCCUUUGGGCAGCCUGGCGGGUUUAGUCAAUCAAGCUUGUUCAGCUCACCUUCGUCUGGGCUUGUUGGAAGCAUUUUCUCAAACAGCGCACCACUCACGUCGAAUGCUAUGACAGGUUUUGGUCAAACAGCGCCGUCAAUGUCAACACCAUUCCAAUCUGCGCAACCUGCUCAGUCAAGUGGUGCCUUUUCCUUUAGCAACUUUGGCCAGACGCAACCUGCUGGUGCAAGUAGCUUUGGUGGAACUUCAGGCAUGUUUUGUCAGAAUAAUUUUGGACUUCAGGCUAUUCCCCAGAAUUCUGUGGUUGCACAAGCAGCACCCGUUACAAAUCCGUUUGGAACACUUCCUGCUUUACCUCAGAUGUCAAUUGGCCGAGUUGGAACUACUCCUUCUGUUCAAUACGGAAUCUCUAGCAUGCCGGCCCAAGACAAACCGGCUACCGUAAGAAUAUCCUCCUUAUUGACUUCUCGCCACCUCUCGCAAAGACGAAUCAAGUUUCCUUUAAGGAAAUAUAAGAAUGAGGGAACAAAGGUUCCAUUCUUUACUGAUGAUGAGGACACUCCAACCACACCAAAGGCUGAUGCCCUUUUCAUUCCUAGGGAAAAUCCAAGGGCAUUGAUCAUUUGUCCCAUGGAGCAGUGGCCUGGAAAGGCUUCUGAGAAAGCAUCUACUUUUAAGGAUAGAUACGCCUCAGUGAAUGGGAAUGGGAUAAGCUCAAGAGAAACAGUUACCGCACCCAAUGAUAGGACCAGCUCAGAGGAUAAAGAGAAGACGGCUGCUGAAAAUGGUGUUGUCAAGGAGCAAGUUCAGCAGCCUAUUCCUACAAAGCAUGUAUCCAAUGGGAGUAACGAAGACCAGUCUCCGCAAAAGGCGGAUAUGUACAAGACACUCGGUGGGCACAGAGCUGGUGAGGCUGCCAUUGUGUAUGAACAUGGAGCUGAUGUUGAGGCACUAAUGCCAAAGCUACGGAGAUCUGAUUACUUCACACUGCCUCGUAUACAUGAACUGGCGGCCAAGGAAAGAGCUGAACCAGGAUUCUGCAGUCAUGUCAGGGAGUUUGUGGUUGGAAGGCAAGGUUAUGGCAGCAUCAGAUUUUUGGGCGUGACAGAUGUACGAGGGCUUGAUCUUGAGUCCAUUGUUCAAUUUAAUAAUCGUGAGGUGAUUGUAUACAUGGAUGAUUCAAAGAAACCUCCUGUUGGACAGGGGCUGAAUAAGCCUGCUGAGGUAACACUCCUCAACAUCAAAUGUUUUGAUAAAAAAACUGGACAUCAGUAUACUGAAGGGCCAAGAGUUGAGAAAUAUAAAGAGAUGCUCAAGAGAAAGGCUGAGGACCAAGGUGCCGAGUUUGUAUCAUAUGAUCCCAAUAAGGGAGAGUGGAAGUUCAGGGUCAACCACUUCAGUGUUUACAAGCUGGUAGAUGAUGACAGUUGGAUACAAGUUGAUGCAUAA